AUGGCGCGUCGACCUCGUCGCGGCGACGGCGUCGUCUCCUAUGGACUUCUGUGGGCGUUUGCGUGCGCGUUUCUAGUCGCUGUUUGCUUCUUCCCACGUCAACCGACAGCUGUUGAGCCGUCCGUUGCUCUCAAGUCGCACGUUUAUGACGAAAGAGAAUUUAUUUCGAACGCCGAUAUUGGCGGCAGAGCGACGAUGUCGCUGGUCGAGUCGCUUCCCGUGGGGGACUUUGAGCUCUCGUCGACUGUCCUACAGACGUUUGAGGUCCUCAUGCGCCACGUCGAAGCUGCGACGACGUCGGUUGACCUCAGUGCCAUGUACUGGAAUUUGUUGGGCAAAGAAGACCGAAAAACGUACUCUGCGUUAGAAAUGUCAAAAUUCGGAGCGGAUCGCGGCAAACAGUUACUAUUUGCGUUACGCGAUGCCGCGCGUCGAGGCGUUCGAAUUCGGAUUGUGACAGCACCGCAACAGGUGAAAGGAACGGAACUGUUGCCAAGUGAAGUGCAGUUGCUGGUGGACGCAGCGCCUGAAUAUGUGGUUGCCAGGUGCUGGAACGGCUCCGAGUGGUACGGCAGCGGCAUUCUGCACCAGAAGAUAUGGAUUUUUGACUCGCGCCAUAUUUACGUGGGCAGUGCAAACAUGGACUGGAAAUCGCUGGCGCAAGUGAUGGAAGUGGGUGUGGUGAUGGAGAACGUGGCCUCAACGUCGCCUGUUAUUCGAGACAUUCAGAACUUGUUCGAGACGUGGUGGAUGUUUGCGUCGUCCGAACUACUGCUGGCCAAGACAGCCUCGUACUUUUCUGACACGUUUCAGCAUGACUUACAGGUCCCUGUGUGGUCACUGUACCUGCCGGAAGAGAAGAGGAGCGAGGACCCGUUCAGGAAAGCUGGGAUCUUGGCGCUAGGGAACAUCUCGCAUCAGCUGCAAACGCAGUUUAGCAAUCCAGAUGGCGUGUCGACUACGGCGCACCUGUUCGUGGCGGCGGCUCCACUCGAAGUGACUGCUGGUCGCUCGCGAGCUUUCGACGAAGACGCGCUGGUGUACACGAUUCGAUCAGCCAGAUCAUUCGUGAGUCUCAGCGUCAUGGACUUCGCGCCGUUUUCGAUGUACACACCAGGGUCUCUCCAUUGGCCAGUUCUCAAUGAUGCGCUCUUGGCUGGAAUCUAUGGCAAAUCCAAACUGCGCGUGCGGCUGCUCAUUAGCCAGUGGCAGCACACUGACCCUCAGGUGCUACAAGCUCUUGCCACGUUGCAGAAACAGGCAGCGUUGUGCCAAUAUACGCGCGCUCGAUGCUCCGGGCGACUCGAGAUCAAGAUUUUCCAAGUCCCAGGUUGGCAAAAUACGACCUCCAGUCUUGGGAGAAAAGCUCUGUGGCCCUCGUACACUCGUGUAAAUCAUGCCAAGUUUAUUGUCACCGACGCGCGCGCGAACAUAGGCACGAGUAACAUGGAGUGGGGCUACUUCUACACCACAGCAGGGGCUAGCGUCAAUACGGACCAUGAAUCGACACGGAAAGCUCUGGAGAAUGUGUUUGAGCGAAACUGGAACUCAACUUACGCUCGACCUUUGCACAUGCCGUAG